UCUUGAAGAAGAUGCACUUGUUCCGGAGCUACAGCUACCAGAUCCAGCUGGAGGGCGAGGCGGGCAGCCUGCCCAGGAUACAGGGCAUCCGAUGGACGCCGCUCCCUGACAGCGAAUCAGCCCCAGACUGCGGGCAGAGCCGUACGCAGGCACAUGCAGAGAAGGUUUGGAGAGCAGGGAGACUCCUGUACAGCCACCUCGUGAGCUCCUGUCCUGGCCUCAUCCGCGAUCACAAGUACCACCUCAGGCACCACAGGCAUUGUUGCUCCGGGAAGGAGCUGGUAGACUGGCUGCUCAGUGCAGGGCUGUCCAUCCAAACGCGGGGCCAGGCCAUUGGGGUUUGCCAAGUGCUGGUGGAUGGAGGAGUCCUGACUCAUGUGAAGCAGGAGUGGCAUUUCCAGGACAAGGAUGCCCAGUUUUACCGCUUUGCCGAGGGGGAGCUGACUCUGGAGCCUGGCACCUGGGACACUGAGGAGCUACUGGAGGCAUUGGCCUUUCUGGCCCAGCUGGGCCCUGAUGCGCUGCUCACCAUGGCCCUGCGCAAGCCGUGA